CUAACAGAUAGCGCCCAAGAGAGAUAAAAAAAAGGGAAAAACUGUAGAAGUUGGUUCAUAGAUUGCCAAUUUUCUAAUCCAACCAAAAAGCUAGCCACCACUUACUUCAAUGCUCCGCCUUCUGCGGUGGAAUUUGGCUAAAUUCUACUUCAUCAUCACAACCCUAAUUUUACAUUUUCCAGGUAAAAUUUCUCCACUUGAAGCACUAACCAAAUGAGAUAUGCAAUUUAAUGGAAAUGGCUCUACUUCUCUACUCCACUCGCAUGACAUCAACUUGAAAAACUACUCAUUUUGUCUUCCAAUUCGCCUCGAAACCUGCAAUUUUUGCGGUGGACGCCGAUUUUGGGAAGAUAUACUAUGAUUUACGUAUAGUUGUUCAGAUAGCGCAUAUUUUUAAUUCCCUGAUUGGACAUUUGUGCAUGCACAAGUUUUUUUGGUACGAGUUAGUAUUCCUCGGUAUAUGUAUCUAUGAAAAGUGUAGGUAAUAUGGUAAGUAUGCUGAUGUGGUAAUAGCGAUGGAUGUUGGGGGAAGUGGGAGUGUGGUAGGCAUAUUCCAAGGAUUGGAUGGUGUCCUUACUGAAAAUGAAGGUGCUAAUGACAUUAGCCCUCAGGAUGCUGGCAAUUUGAGUGAUCAAAAGGGAAAGUGGGACAAGCUGCAAUCAGCUAAUGGCAAUAGAACGAGAUGAGGAUAUAACUCCGAGGAGUACGGUGGACAAUGAUAUGUGUACGCAGUGUAGUAACGUUGGGUCAUUGCAGCCGCCUAGUGUAGGGAUGAUAUUUCUAACUUGGGAGGCCGCUGAUAAUUAUUUUCAUACAUAUGGGAAGCAACAAGGUUUUUGGGUAAUAAUGCCUUCGGCGACCCACAGUGGGUUGCAUAGGAGGCGAAAAAUAAAUGUAAUUUGGAAGUGUGAAUGUGCUGAGAAGCCAAACAUUAAUAGGAAUAGGAGACAGAACAAGGAUGCACACAAGGCUGGAUUGCAAGUGAGUGAUGAAGUUGGUGCAGAAUCAAUCAGAGUUGCAACAAGUCGGAGGCUAAGGAAGUCCAAAAAAUGUGAAUGCCCAGCAAUGAUGUAUGCUAGUGUCAAUGGUGAUGGGGAAUGGGUUGUUUGGAAGACUGUGUUAGAGCACAAAAACCACAAUGCAACGCCUGGUGAAUGGAAGCAAGCUUCACUGCAUAUCCAGGCUACACUAAAGCCACAUUUGCGAAGGAGUUCUGCAAAUGAAGUUGACGUCGGUUUAUUGGUUUCUCAAAGUCAUGAUGAGAGGGAUGGGUUUGAUGAGGAGAUGCCAACUUUUGAUUCUGACAUGCGUAACAAGAAUGCAAGGGAUAAGAGAUUAAAGAUUUUGGAUGGGGAUGCUAAUGCACUGAUGAAACACUUUCAGAUGAUGUGCAUGGACAAUCAGAACUUUUAUCAUUCGUCCAGGCUUGAUGAAUUGGAAAAGUUACAGGAUGUGGUAUGGAUUGAUGCAUGGUGUAGGGCUGCAUACGUAGAAUUUGGUGACAUUGUAUGCUUCGAUACAACAUAUUUGAUUGAUGGUCAUGAUUUGCCACUUGCAAACUUUGUCGGGGUAAAUCAUCAUGGGCAAAUGAUAUUGUUGGGUUGUGCUUUGGUUUCCCUUGACGAUGUGGAGACUUUUGAGUGGGUAUUUUCAUCUUGGUUGGUUUGGUUGGCAUGGCCAGCAAGGCACCAAUAGGAAUUCUAACUGAUGAAACGGCAACAAUGAGCAAAGCAUUAGAAAAAGUCAUGCCAGAUACAAAACAUAAGUGGUUCCUAUGGCAUAUAUUGCUAAAGAUACCAAAGAAAUUGGGUAUGUAUCAGGAAAAUGAUGCUAUGACGGCAGCGUUGAGGGAUGUCAUAUGUGACUCUUUCAGCGGAGAUGAGUUUGAGCGACGGUGGAAGAUUGUAAUUGACCAAUAUGGGCUUGUUGAAAAUGCCUGGCUCACCAGAUUGUAUGAAAAUCGGUUUAUGUGGGUGCCAAUAUACAAUAAGGAUACCUUUUGGGCAUGACUGAUCAGUAAUGGAAGGAUUGGAAGCAUGCCCAGUUUCUUUGAUGGUUACAUUGGCAAGAACACGAGGCUAUGCGAGUUCGUUGACAAAUAUUGUUAUGUGAUGGAGAAGCGGGUAGAAACUGAGAAGGAAGCUGACGCUAAUUGUGCAAAGUUGAGUGAGUUGGCAACAGAAUUUUCGGCCGAGCAAGUUUUCCAGAAGCUGUACACAGAUGCUAAAUUCAUGGAGGUUUAAGAUGAGUGCAAGAGGGUGUUGUACUGUAAUGGUCUUGGGGAGCAGCAGUUGUCAGGAAGCUUAGUUAUGCACAGAAUUGAAGAUAAAGUGACAUAUAAGGGUUCAGGUGACCGUAGGAAGUCUGCACCCAGCAUAGGAAACUUUAUGAGGUCACAUUUGACACAAAAACGAAUGAUGUUUGGUGUGACUGUAAGAUGUUUGAGAAUGCUGGUAUAUUGUGUAGACAUUCAGUCAGGGUUUGGGAUUUGCACUACGUGCUUGAAGUACCGCGGAAGUACAUCUUAGAUAGAUGGCGGAAAGACCUUCCAAGGAAGCAUAACCGAGUUAUCGUUGCGUACCACAAUCCAUCAAAGACAGAGGAGGUGAAGAACUUUGACAGGAUGAUGGUCGGCUUUGAACCCGUGGCUGUUAAUGCCAUGGGGAACAAGGUAGCAGAGGCUGUUGUAAUGGAAUGUAUCGUGAUGGCAGAUAUAAGGGUUACAGAUGUUUUGAGCAUGCAACAUGUUGAUACUUCUUCCCAAUGUACAGUGGGGCACAUAUCCUCUGACACUAAUAUAUCCAUAUAGGUGCCCAGCCUACAGCUGCCAAACCCAGGGGGACUGUGUUGGGAGUUCCUGUACGGGAGAAUGUCACUCCCCGUCUCCCCCGGUGUUCAAAGCAGGCCGUACAAUCACCCCUCAUAUACAUAAUGGAAAAUGCAGCAGUUCUGCUGUGUAAGGACUAAGGAUCCCAUCAAGAAAUCCCUUAGCAAGGGGAGAAUGAGUAUGAGCCGAUAUAUGAAAGUAGAGUUCCAACCACGUCAAUGACAUUUGUGCCAGCAAUGGCGGACAUAGAGGGGAAAACAAUGCAUUGAGGUGUCUCUACCCAAUUGGCUGGGGCUGGGUAUGUAUGGCAUUUACUUGUCUUAUAAACUUGGUGUGGACGAUAAUGCUUUCCUUGAAUCAGCCUACAAAAGUAGUCUUUUUUCUGUUGGGAUCCUGCUAUAUGUGAAUAGUUACUUUCCAUAUAGUAGCUGAAUGUUGGCAUAAACAUUCUGUCGGGGCAUAUAUCGACAAGCAGGGGGAGGUUGGAUAUAUCAUAGGGCCAAUGACUACCGUUACAAAAAUUCCACCCUUCGAUGUGAGUGAAGAUUGAUGAAGUGUUCUGUAAUUGGCCUGACCAAUAGCAGUGACUUCUGCUAUAAUCUUCGUCUGCUGUCCGUAUGUCGAGGUGGCUGUCCUGCUUGCUAAUCUCAAGUUCCGUGGACGUUGAAAGAUCAUCAUCAGCACAGAAAUGGCGUGUGUUUUGCUUGAUUUUGUUUUGUUAAUUCAUCAAUUGUCUCACUGCAACUCUGCAAGUCUGCAAAUUGAGAUUUGUACCCUAAAGCAAAUUGUCCUCAUUGUAACUUGCAACAUAAGCUCUCUUUUUUUGUGCAAUUUAGAGUCUGUUAUGUUCAACUUAUUUUGUCUCAUCUUAUAAGAUCUUGCAAAAUCUUAUCUGAUCUGAUCUUAUUUUUUUAUGAAAUGAAUGAAGAUAAGUUAACAGAAUAUCUUAUCUUAUAAGAUCUUAUAUAAGUUAAAAUAAAUUGAACAGGACGAACCCUUAGAAGUCAGCUCUAAUCUUGGUUUCUUUUGGACUGGUCUAGGCAUGCUAAAAUAGUAUUCCAUUGUUGCAAAAUGUUUAUGGAAGCUGUAACUCUUCACUGAUUUUCUUUUUGUUGUAGGAGGGAGUAGGGAGAGUAUUUUUCAAUUGUUUCUUAUUAUAACACAUACAUUUCCCUUU